CUCUUUAAAAACUAGCAAAGCUGUCGGAAGAAAGACAAGGAAACCUCAUGAGAGUCUGUGGCUAUGGAAAGUCACCAGCUAGCUAAUAUUAACAUAGCUUGCAACAGAACGCUGUUGCUAGAAAUAGGACAGUCUCCACAUCGCUACCACUCAGCGAUUUGCAUUUCAUGGACCAGCCCCUAAGUUCUUCCUGGCUCCUGCUGCCCUUGGGCAUUGCAUUUCUGGACACUUCGGGUGUCCACACUCGAUGGUCUGCUUUCUCUAGGAACUCUCUCCCAAAGAGGAAGACCUAAGAACAACACCUGCUUUGUUUCCAAGGGGCACCGCGGAGCCACAGACUAAUCAGUAAGACAUCGAGGCGCUGCAAAGUUUCGCCACUUCAUUUGGUUGCUGACGAGGGAGGGGCAGACGAGGUCCCUCUUGUUUUCCUCAGUAUGGAGAAUCUGUUGCCUGCGUCUCGAUUCUCUCACUUUAAAAAAUAUCCUCUCCAUGCAAUAAGGAGAUAUUUCUUGACGACGCUGAGAAAUCCAAGAACUGAAGAGCAGGUUGCACGUUUUCAAAAACUACCUAAUGGUGAAAAUGAAACAAUGAUUCCUGUAUUGACAUCAAAGAAAGCAAGUGAAUUACCAGUCAGUGAAGUUGCGGGCAUUCUCCAAGCUGAUCUUCAGGAUGGCUUAAACAAAUCUGAGGUUAGUCACCGGCGAGCCUUCCAUGGCUGGAAUGAGUUUGACAUUGGCGAGGGCGAACCGCUGUGGAAGAAGUACAUCACGCAGUUCAAGAAUCCGCUUAUUAUGCUGCUUCUGGCUUCUGCAGUCAUCAGCGUGCUAAUGCAUCAGUUUGAUGAUGCCGUCAGUAUCACUGUGGCAAUACUUAUUGUUGUCACUGUGGCCUUUGUUCAGGAAUAUCGUUCAGAAAAAUCUCUUGAAGAAUUGAGUAAACUUGUGCCACCAGAAUGCCAUUGUGUACGUGAAGGAAAAUUGGAGCACACACUUGCCCGAGACUUGGUUCCAGGUGACACAGUGUGCCUUUCUGUAGGUGACAGAGUCCCUGCUGACUUACGCUUGUUUGAGGCUGUGGAUCUUUCCAUUGAUGAGUCUAGCUUGACAGGAGAGACAACACCUUGCUCAAAGGUGACAGCUCCUCAGCCAGCUGCGACUAAUGGAGCUCUUGCAUCAAGAAGUAACAUUGCCUUCAUGGGCACGCUGGUCAGAUGUGGCAAAGCAAAGGGUAUUGUCAUUGGAACAGGAGAAAAUUCUGAAUUUGGGGAAGUUUUUAAAAUGAUGCAAGCAGAAGAAGCACCAAAAACCCCUCUGCAGAAGAGCAUGGACCUCUUAGGGAAACAGCUGUCCUUUUACUCCUUUGGUAUAAUAGGUAUCAUCAUGUUGGUUGGCUGGUUACUAGGAAAAGACAUUCUGGAAAUGUUUACUAUCAGUGUAAGUUUGGCGGUAGCAGCAAUUCCUGAAGGCCUACCCAUUGUGGUCACAGUGACUCUAGCCCUUGGUGUUAUGAGAAUGGUAAAGAAAAGGGCCAUCGUGAAAAAACUGCCUAUUGUCGAAACUUUGGGUUGCUGCAAUGUGAUUUGUUCAGAUAAAACUGGAACAUUGACGAAGAAUGAAAUGACUGUUACUCACAUAUUUACUUCAGAUGGUCAGCAUGCUGAGGUUACUGGUGUCGGCUAUAAUCAAUUUGGUGAAGUAAUUGUUGAUGGUGACGUUGUUCAUGGAUUCUAUAACCCUGCUGUGAGCAGAAUUGUUGAGGCGGGCUGUGUGUGCAAUGAUGCUGUGAUUCGGAACAACACUCUGAUGGGGAAGCCAACUGAAGGCGCCUUAAUUGCUCUUGCAAUGAAGAUGGGUCUUGAUGGACUUCAACAAGAUUAUAUCAGAAAAGCUGAAUACCCUUUUAGUUCUGAGCAGAAGUGGAUGGCUGUUAAGUGUGUACAUCGAACACAACAGGACAGAGCAGAGGUUUGUUUCAUGAAGGGUGCCUAUGAGCAGGUGAUUAAGUAUUGUACUACAUACAACAGCAAAGGACAGACCUUGACACUUGUGCCGCAGCAGAGAGACCUGUACCAGCAAGAGAAGGCACGCAUGGGCUCAGCUGGACUCCGAGUUCUUGCUUUGGCUUCUGGUCCUGAGCUGGGACAGCUGACAUUCCUUGGCCUGGUGGGAAUCAUUGAUCCUCCUAGAACUGGUGUGAAAGAAGCUGUUACAACACUCAUUGCGUCGGGAGUUUCUGUUAAAAUGAUUACUGGAGAUUCACAGGAGACUGCCAUUGCAAUCGCUAGUCGUCUGGGUUUGUAUUCCAAAACAUCCCAGUCAGUAGCAGGAGAAGAACUAGACACCAUGGAUGUCCAGCAGCUUUCACAAAUAGUCCCAAAGGUUGCAGUAUUUUACAGAGCAAGCCCAAGGCACAAGAUGAAAAUCAUUAAGUCUCUGCAGAAGAAUGGGUCAGUUGUGGCCAUGACAGGGGAUGGAGUAAAUGAUGCCGUUGCUCUGAAGGCUGCAGACAUUGGAAUUGCGAUGGGCCAGACUGGCACAGAUGUCUGCAAAGAGGCUGCAGACAUGAUCCUGGUGGAUGAUGACUUCCAAACCAUAAUGUCUGCAAUUGAAGAGGGUAAAGGGAUUUAUAAUAACAUUAAAAAUUUUGUUAGAUUUCAAUUGAGCACGAGUAUAGCAGCAUUAACUUUAAUUUCGUUGGCAACAUUAAUGAACUUUCCUAAUCCUCUCAAUGCAAUGCAGAUUUUGUGGAUAAAUAUUAUUAUGGAUGGACCCCCAGCUCAGAGCCUUGGAGUAGAACCAGUGGAUAAAGAUGUCAUUCGCAAACCUCCUCGCAACUGGAAGGACAGCAUUUUGACUAAAAAUUUGAUACUUAAAAUACUUGUUUCAUCAAUCAUCAUUGUUUGUGGGACCUUGUUUGUCUUCUGGCGAGAGCUGCGAGACAAUGUAAUAACACCUCGAGACACGACAAUGACCUUCACAUGCUUUGUGUUUUUUGACAUGUUCAAUGCACUAAGUUCCAGGUCUCAGACCAAGUCUGUGUUUGAGAUUGGACUCUGCAGUAAUAAGAUGUUUUGCUAUGCAGUUCUCGGAUCUAUCAUGGGACAAUUACUUGUUAUUUACUUCCCGCCACUUCAGAAGGUUUUUCAGACCGAGAGCCUAAGUAUAUUGGAUCUGUUGUUCCUUUUGGGUCUCACCUCCUCAGUGUGCAUAGUGUCAGAGAUUAUAAAGAAGGUGGAAAGGAGCAGGGAGAAGAUCCAGAAGACCGUUAGUUCAACAUCGUCGUCUUUUCUUGAAGAGGAAAAUGAAAGCGGGACGGAGACCCUGACAAAUGUCCUGCUGCUUUCCACGGAGAAGAGGCAAGCAGCAACCACCCUCACCAGUCCUCCCUGCGGUCGGUUGGAGCGGAGGUGCACGAAGUCACGUGGGGACUUCUUGAGAAGCAAUGAAAAGGAGGCCCACCUUUCACAGUUAGCGAACAGCAAGGCACUGAGCCUGCCUGGGUGCGGGGUCUCCACAUUUCCUACAAGAAAACAGACAGACCCUUGACGUGCCCCGUCUAGAGGACUCGGGUAACACUGGAGGGGCCGGUGCUGUGGGCAUCUCCUGAUGCUGUACGAGUAUUCGGGGAGAGGAGGUGCCCUCACCUGCUGCUAAAGCAGUGGCAGGCCUGAACCUGCUAAGUGGUAUCGUGUACCAUUAGUCCCUCUGGUGGCUACUACCACAAGCGAGCCUUAAUAUUUGGGGGUGUUUUGGAGUCUAUGCAUUUCAUCCUUUAAUUUCUUUAGAAAUAUAUACCAGAGUAGCACUCUCCAGUAGGACUCGGUGACAGGACGUUCUCUAGCCACCAGACAAGACAGCAUCCUGGAUCCGUGUUCUCAGCUUGUGUUCUGAAGCCGUGUUCAACUCAGAUUUCCCACAUGGCCACUGGCUACCGUCCUUCAACUGUCUGCACUGUGACAGUUUUACACGUGUACAGAGUAUUACUGCAUUCUUCCUCUUUCAUUAAAGAACUAAAAUGCC